UCUCUGAGACUCGACCAGCACAGCACUGAGGAUGGAGCACACCGAGCUCAUCAAGCCCGAGACUCUGCAGGAUCUGAUCCAAGCUCUCCACGAGAUCUUUGAAAGCGACAGAGUUAAUGUAGAGGAGGUGCAGAGCAUCAUGGAGUCCUAUGAGAGUAAACCGCACGAGUGGAUGAAGUAUGCCAGAUUUGACCAGUACAGAUACACCAGGAAUCUUGUGGAUGAGGGAAAUGGAAAGUUCAACCUGAUGAUCUUGUGCUGGGGUGAAGGACACGGCAGCAGCAUCCACGAUCACACGGACUCGCACUGCUUCAUGAAGCUGCUCCAGGGUCAGCUGAAGGAGACGCUGUUCGACUGGCCUGACCGCAAGCUGCAGGGGGGCAUGCAGCAGAAGUCCCAGCGCGUGCUGCUGGAGAACCAGUGCGCCUACAUCAACGACUCCCUCGGGCUUCAUCGAGUGGAGAACGUGAGCCACACGGAGACCGCCGUGUCUCUGCACCUCUACAGCCCUCCCUUCCAGACGUGCCAGACCUUCGACCAGCGCACCGGACACCGCAACACCGUCAAGAUGACCUUCUGGAGCAGGUUCGGCGAGAGGACGGCGUAUGCAGGCAGCGUUUCACAGGAGAACAACUGAGACGAGAGAAGCACGACGGCCCUCGAUGGAGAUGUUUAAAUAUUGAUCCAGCUCUUCUUUUUAAGAUUGGCAAAGGACAGUGAGAAGAGGGUCUCGCUGGUGAUUCAAUCUCUUGAUCGCGGCCUAGUUUAGGUCUGAAUAGACGCAUUAGUCCAGCCGUUCUCCCAGCAUUCCUGUGUAAUCACGCUUUUGUACGCGGCUGAAGUGUGUCCUUCAUGAGAAGAAUCUGUUCUUCAGCAGAACACAGCACUCGCUCUCCGUCUCCACACACUCUUUUAUUCUGUUUCCAGAUCAGCCUUUGAAUGGAAGAGUUUGUGUUUAUGAAUCUUGCCGUCAGUAAUCGAUGUCUCGUGGAACAAAUAUAGUCUCUGCAUUUGUAAACUGAAGCUUUUAUUUAAAAUGGACCUGAAUCUUGGCUGGAAAUUCAUUUUGUCUUAAGAUUGAAGUAAAUAAACUGUUUCCCAGA